AUGGCCGUUCACGCAAGGCUGAAGGUCUGUCCUGUGUUGCCUUUGUUAAAUUUUCUUUUACGUCUGUCAAACCAGUUCCUUCCCGCCAGUUGUCCCUCUGAUUUGCCGUUGUGAUUGCAUCUCUUACGUAUAUAUAAUACUCUUUGAUAUUUAUGGUAUCAUGCUGUCGGGAACUUCGCGGUAGACCGUAAUUCCGCGCCCUAGCUGCGAUGUUCUUCUGUGUAAUUUACAGCAAAAUUUGUCAUAUAUUGGAUUAAAAUAGAGUUGACUCUAUUUAAAAUAAAUCGCUUUACGAAACGCUGAUCUGUAUUUUUUCGGACCAAAAUUUUGCGUGUGUUUUCUGCAUUUUGCAAACUUCAUAUGAAGCUAGGAGUAAGAAAGGUUUCCAGUAAGUUUUUUGACCUGUAGCUGAAGCUACACUUCGCGAGUUGUCCAGUUUACUGCUCUGCUGUGGAUAGUCCCCACUAAGACUAGCGAUUCUGAACUUUUCUUUUUUGUGAUGAGGUCAGCUUUGUUACCUCAAUUAACAGUACUAACGAGGGCAAUGAAACUUCACCCUUCAAAGCAGCUCUUCUUGUUCCUUUAACCUAUAUUGACCUACACUGGUCUCCUGUAUCAGGUAUUUCUUGAGGUUAUGCCCUAUUAAGCCUCGAAUGGGUAUGCGUUUGGUACGUUUUGAUCUAUUUUAAGCAGCCUAUUGACCAAUAUUUGCUAUUAUAAAGGUGUGCAGACGGUCUAGUGUGAGAGGGAUCCCCACAAGCUGAGUGACGUCUGUUUGUGCAAACGUUUAAGACUAGUAAAUGCCCCCUGAGCUGCAAAGUCUGCUCAUACCCCGUCUAUUCGAGUGGUCUCCUCAUAGAUGUUUAUUCCCGACCUACAGUACGUGAGCGAUAUCACGAAAUGUUGACUGAAAUUCUGAAAUGCGUUUUCGAUUAGGAAGGAUUGCAUAGGCGCGGUUGUAAUAUUGAUUAUCUUGCGACAUAAUCCUAUAACAUUUCGGACUCGACAGGAUGUCAGCUCUUAAAUGCACCGCGUUUUGAUCUCUCUCGGAAUCCGAACUCGUUAAAAAUGACUACUUAAGUAGCAUGCAUUUAUCAUACUGAUUUUCGAUGGUCUUACAAAUUCAAAUAUAUUCUAUAAGCUUUCUUUUAGUCAUUUGAUAGAGAAUCACGCCAUCUUUAUACUUUAUACUCAAAGAAGGACUAUAAUUGAUUUUUAAAAAGUUUCUGACCGGGAUUUUUUAAGACCGUGCAAUGCCCAUUCAAACAGCAUCGUACCCGUCCGUUUACCAUUGUUUUUCAUAAAGUGCACAACAUGGUACGCAUCCAUUGCAAGCGUUUAUGGACUCUAUACGGUAUUUUUUUAAAGGCAUAAAAGAACGUGUGAUUUUCUUUACGCGGAACGCAUGUACCUAACAGACUGAAAUAACUAAGCGCAAAUGCAACGACUGAUCAGGCUCCAAAUUAUUUGGGAAUAAGAAAACUUUUUAAAGCCUAAUUAUACUCCAUCUUCGACUAUAAAGCAUCAGGAUGGCGUAGUUCUCUAUCAAAUGAUUGAAAGAAAGCAUAUUUUUGUUCGUGGUUUCUAUAGAAUAUAUUUGAACCUGGAAGACCAUCGAAAGUAAAUGCGAAAAAUGCAUACCACUUAAGUAGUCAUUUUUUACCAAGUGUAGUUUCUACGGUAGAGUAAAAAGCGGUGCAUUCAAAAGCUGACGUUCAAAAUAUUAUAAGAGUAUGCCACGAGAUAAGAUAUCCUGCAAUCGCGCCUAAUUAAUUCGUCCUAACCGAAAACGCACUUCAAAAUUUCAGUCAACAUUUCAUGAGAUUGGCUACUCACUGCACGUUGCCCAGACCAACGUGUCUGACCAAUUUUCGCUUUAAGUUGUGCGAAUUCACCAAUUCUGCCUGACUGACAAUUCUCUGUUGAUUGUCCUAGCUAUAAACUCAAACUUUCCCAGACUUUUAUCCAAAUCUUCAUGGAUUGCACCCCAUCGGUGUGAUGAAUUCCUUUUUGGCCAAACUUCACAUCAGUGCAUAAAAAUGGAGCAGAAAGAGUAACUUAUGACAUGUCUUGCAUAGCCACAUACUUUUACAAAAAGGGGUCACAUCCUCUGCGAUAGGAUAAAUUUCUGUUUGGCUAAACUUCACAUAGGCAGAAUGUUAUUACCGACAAAAAUAAGGGAUUCUGGUCUCCCUUGUCUUUGUCAGUAAUACCAUUCUGCCUAUAUCAUGCGCUGCUGUGCGUCUGCUCGUAAGGCACAACGGGACGAGUGAGUUCCGUAAGAAUGAUCUGUGAGCGCUUCCCUACCAUUAAACUUUACAUCCAUGCAUAAAAGUGGCGUAAAGAGGCGCUAAUGACACAUUUUGCAUUGCCACAUACUUUCGCCAAAAGGGGCCCGGGUGUCAGUCUCUGAACAGAGCCACUUUCAAGCACUUAACGGCCUCUCCGGCAAACUCCAGUCUUUAAUCUAGUCCUACCGACAAAUCUAGCCCAUUGCUUAGCCGACGAUUUCAAAAAACGGUCGCAAUGGUAACGCCACUAUAAGGCGCUGAAAUCUGAAGCCUCUGUCAGAACCGAAUGAGGCGAUUCUGCUACUUUCAUCUCAGUUGCCUUCAGAAGGUUAUGAUUGUGAAUUUGCAGAGAUUGCUCCCGGAUUCCCUGGAUCCUGGAAUCCAUUCGCGUGUCCAGUUGCCAACCGUCAGAAAGACGGAUGAGCACUUACCACAGUGACCCGACAUUGCUCCACGUGCUCGCAGGUGAGGAGAGGCAGAACGAAUUUUUCAGUGUGUCGGAAUAAAUCCGAAGUCCUGGGAGAACCUGCAGAUAAUCGGCAGAUAUGAAGAUCCGUUUGCUAAUGACUGAAGCUAAAACCCUUUAGGCCAACCAGAUUCCAGUGGCUAGGAGAACUAUCAAUGAGGCAAUGCCAGAAUGCGAUGAACAACGCUGCCGGCACUCACUGUUUUCAUACGGCAAAUGCACUUUCGGGUUCCGCGAUGGUCCUGUGUGCCACCUUUGUUUCUAUUGCAUAAGCAACCGCAGAAACAACUCUCUAAUCUCUUUCAAUUUAAUCAUUUAUUUCGGGCCUUGAAGAAUCCCUUUGACCACGAGCCUUAACGACAAAACCUCGCACCACCUCGUACGCCAUACAACCCAACAAACAUGAUCAGCGUCUGUUAUUAGAGGCAUCUCGUAGCGUAAUAGAAAAGAUGUCGCUUGUCUCGCCAGAAUCGUCAAAUUCGAGGCACUAACCUGUAGAUUUUUCCUCGGUGAUGUCUGCUAGGCAGCCUUUGACCUAAAAUAUUGGCAUUAUUUUGAGUGAUUCAGUCGCAAGAGUUGCCCUUCCCUAAACGUUAUCGAAAGUCUUGUCGGAUGUGAAAUCGAACAAAAAGGUGUUUGUCGAAAACUUUUUAAACCACCUCGACUCCCGCACCCACAAGCUCAUUGCUAAAAACUUAAAACAUCAGGAAGGAGAUUAUCUGUUCUACUCAGCUGCCUUCACACUUACCGUUGCAUUGUGAUUUACGUAGACUUUGAAGGUCUCGGUCCAUCAUAACAAUAGUUAAGCCUAAUUAUUAGUGGAUAGCUAUUGUAUAUGCCUUAUGGCAAGAUCAAUACCCGCUACCACUAAGGCAAACUGCAGUUCACCGAAAAUAAUCCAAAGCAACCCUUAGGUCAUAUUUGUCAGAUGUAUAGUAGGUGCAUUUGGAAAAUUUACCGACCAAUCGGCGCCCUUAAAAAGUCAAAUUUGGACCGCCUAGACGUGUACUUUGACCAGUAUUAUCUUGGCUACUGCACGCAGACAUAAAUUCAUGUGACAUUCUGGCAAAAAUUUGGCAGCUGUGCAAAGUCGACUGGCAUGGGGUCUCCCGUGACCUCCCAUUGAAAUUUACCGCGCAAAUUUAACACGUGCUGUUGCAAGAGCUCGCAAAGUCAUGCCUACUCUUGACUUCUCUCAUUCUACAGCCUGCUGAACUGUUUACAGCAACGGUUCACCCUAUUUGAGGCAUGUUUUCACUAAACUCUAAACGUUUUAUUGAUUUUAAUUGUUGUUGAGGCAACUUGAACGGUAAGAGUGACCUACGGUCGGUUGCGUAGAAUCCAGACAAUUAAGUAUACAUGCGCCGUUCAGUUUUUGCACGUACUAAAUAACCGUUUUUAGUUUAAGCAUUUUGAUAUAAUGUCACUGGGGUUGAGUUGGAAAGUUAAUUAUCACGUAGCAGCCUCCCCAAGCCAAUUUAUUUGACUUGAGUGCCUUCUCAACUGCCAUCGUGGCGACACUCUCCGUAUUCUGGUCACUUACAAAAGCUGGCUUUUUUCCUGAAAUAUUUUCGAUUAAAAGGAAUUAUCUAGUGUGUAUUUUUCUCACUGACUUCCGAUGCGUUUGUAAAUUCAAAUGUCCCAAAAUAUUCUCUUACACUCACCUGGUAGCAAAUUACGCCUUUUUUGAUUUCAUUACUUGAAUAAAGGGAUGCAACAGGUUUUAAAAACUGUCUCAAUUACGGUCUAGUUCCGGGUUCGACAUGCAGCUUCAUUCGUACCUAGAGUUUCCAAAGGACAUGUUGCCUACUCACCGCGUGAGGAGACUUCGCAUUUUUCUGCAUUACUAAGAAUAUUUUAUAUAGUGAGCAUAAGAUUUUGCAAUGCCUGAAAGCCAUAUUGUAUGCUAUCUAAGCAGCAUUGACAAACGGGCAGAUACGAUUGUGUGUGAAUGGACAUUUUCUGGACAAUAAUUAUCAUAACAGCAAACUUUGUUCAAGUAAAAAAUAUGAACAUGUCAUCUGCUACCGAAUGAUUACAAGCUUAAAUAUUUUUAUGAAUGUUCUGUAUAAGGUAUGUUUCAAAGUUAUUGGGAUGCCGAAAUACAAAGGGAAAAAUUCACACAAAGUAAGUUGUCAUUUUUUCCGACUGAUUUUUUUCGGCGGCCAAAGCGAAGCACAUUGGAAAGCUUUCCUCUUCACAUGAUUGUAAUAUCGCGAGACAAUGUUGCUUAAAAAUCAACAAUAUAACCCAUUAAAGUGGUCCUUUCCAAUCGAGAACACAUUUCACAAUUCCGAUUAAAAUUCCGUAAUAUAAACCAGUCUCCGUAUGUAGCUUUCAUUUCUGCAAGAACUCUUCUAAAACUUGAUUUCUUAUUGCAAUUGUUUCGUGCACUACGCCCUUUUGAUCGGGCAGCUUGCAAGAAUCUAGAUUUCGUAUUUUAACAUUUUUCCCUAACAUCUGCAUGCACUGAAACCCAGCCUACAGUUUUGCCUCUCAUUUAGGUGUUCGAAUCAUACGUCAUGCAGUUUCUUUGAAGCAAUCCGGUAGUUGUACGCCCUCCGAUAAUGAAGUUUCGGUAACAUCGCAAUUGGUAGCCAGACAUUAUACGUUGAUACUGUCGACGUACGUGCUUAUUAUCAGUAGGUGUGCUUACCUUGUCUAGGGAACUUGUUAUCAGUAGGUAUGCUCUUACCGAGUUAGGCAGGUUGCCCGUUUCGGUCAGGCUGUUGGGUUUAGUGAGGGUUAGGGUUAGGCGAAGGUCAAGUUUCAGGAUUAGGGUUUGCGUUUAAGGGUCAGGUUUUAGUGUUAGGGUUUAGGUUCCCGUUAGGGUUACGGUUAACGUUUGGCUUAGGUUUAAGUUUAGGGUUAGACUUAAGGUUAUGGGUAGGCCUAGCGUUGGGUUUUAGUAUUUUGGUUUCGUUUCGGUUUUGAGGCUUAUGGUUAGGCUUCACGGUUGCGUCAUGGUUGGAUUUUAGGGUUAAGCGCAGGGUUUAAAUUUCUGCCAUUAUUCCACCUACUUAAAACUUCCCAGCAAUUUCCCUGGUAACUUUACUUUUACCCAGAAACUCCAGCAUUCCUCUCCCAGCCCUUCCAUUUACCCCAUCCCUAUAACCCCCCAUUCCCACCAUUCCCGUUCGACAGGGACAUGGCUGUCAGCCUCCCCAUUCCUGGCUGCCAACUGUGAUCUAACCUUAGGUUUUUACUGUUCAUAUGCUGUUUAAACAACUCUAGAUCCUAGUGCUGUGAUCGAUAUUAAUUAAUUUGGGGAUAGUAUGUCACAUUGCUAUUUCCCAGUUUCAUUACCUGUUAUAUGGCAGGCUCUGAAAGUCGGCUGGUUCAUGCGAGAGGGAAUUAGGCCGACACUAGGAGUGCGUCUCCAUAGCAAAUCGGCGUAUUCAUCGCUAUACUAAAUCUGAAGCGCCUGACUCGAUUAUUUGGCCCCCGUGAUGCGUAUAGUGGAAUGACUGGAUAACUGACAGCCAGUCUUGCAGUGGCUUAUUCUCAAUGUGGCCAUAAGGACCGAUCGCUCGGAAGGUGCACCGAAAUUCUGAAAUACGUUCGCGAUUACGAAGGAUUACUUAAGUGUGGCUGUAAUACUGACCAUGAUCAGAAGAAGAAGCGAUCGCUGGAUCUGAUCAACUAGUUCCUGGAACUCGCAUUUUCGCUUAUAUCGGCAAUACUGACCAUCUCGCGACGCAAUCCUGCGAUAUUUCAGACACGCCAGGGUGUUUACUUGUAAAUGCACUUCUUUCCGGUCGCCUGCAAAAAACGCACUCGACGAGAAAUGACUUCUUAAGUAGUAUACGUUUUCUCCAUCAAAUCUCGAUGCUCUUACAAAUGCAAAUAUAUUUCUAGAAACCUCCAUGAAAGUUUUAUUUCCUAUUGGCCUAUUAUUUAUCUUACUCAUCUGGCGGCACAUUAUGUCAUCUUUAAUUUUUUUGUCCGACGAUAGGGUGUGUUUAGGUUUUUUUAGAAGCUUUUCUAUUCCCGAACCUCGGUCUAUCGUUGCAUUUUUGCUUCGGGUUUUCAGUCUCCAGGCUGUAUACUUUUCGUGUUAACUGAAACAUACGUUCUUUUAUGCCAUAUGGGACUCAUUAAAUGUUGCUGCGAACGUGGACUGUUAUAUAAAUAACGGGAGUAUUGCUAAACAGGCAGAUACGAUACCGAUCUUCAGAAAUCCCGUAAUUAGAAACUCUUUUAAAAACCGAAACAUAUUUUAUCUUCCAGUGUAAAAUUUAAAGAAGACGUGAUUUUCUGCCAACCGCGCACAAGAUAUGGUGCUGUUGUGCGUUUUCUGCAAAAUAUUUUUGAACUUAUUAGGGUCAUCGUAAAUAGCCAGAGAAAGUACACACUACUUAAGUAGCCAUUCCUUAUCGAGUUCGGUUUUUAAGUGGCUGCUCAGCGUUAUAUUCCAGUCGUUGCAGGCGGACAGUCUACGCAUUUCUACGAAAAUCGCUCUAUUGCAGUGGUUGGUGAAUAGGGCUCCUGAAAAAAUUAAUGUGAUUUUUUGCCGUUGUUUGUCUUCAACUUGCUUUCAUGAAAUUGCUUGUCAGGAACACUUGUAGGCCAAGUAUUGUUUUGAAUUUUCAAUGUCUUUUCAUUUUCUGUGAUGAAUAGGUCCUAGGGAAGUCGGCCGGCGCAAGGCCGGAGUAUAUCCACUCCCCUCAAAUCCAUGCUUAGGUGAUCGCUACCUUGGGUGAGCGUGAGUGCUGCGUUACCAGCCUCGAAAAAGUUACUUUCUACAGUAUGUUCACCAGUGGUUCAGUCGACGUUUGGCACUCUAUCCCGAAGAUGGUCGAAUUGAGAGUAUGCUUACCUCGUUUGCUUGCUUGAUGCCAGUGUACAACGUAAAACCGGAGGAAAACAAAACAUGAUAACUUUAUAUGUCACCAUAAUAGGAAUCGUAAAGGGGAGAGGUCAGAGGCACAAACAUGCGCUAGUACACGACCCAGACGGGCUCUAGCAGAUGGGUCAUAAGUACUUCGUCGAACCGCCACCUGUCGCUCCUGUUGCCGCAACUUUGGUAUUUAUUCAAUCAGAAAUGGACGCACUCCUCUGCUAUUAUAACUUGACCGACGUUUGCCUGGUAUCUGGUUUCAUUCUCGAGACCUUUCCCAUUCAUAUUGAGUUUCUUUGCUCUGGGAAACCAGGAGAUCAGUGUGCGUCUAUUCCUACUUGAAUAAUAGGGAUUACGCAAGCAAGGUCAAAUACUUAAAGGAUCCAGGGCCUAGUGAGAAAUGCACAGUUCGUAAGUAUGAGCGUUUAGAAAGAAGGGUACUAUUGGGGCAUUGGUUUUGAUGGUACUCCGUUUUCGUAGGCAUUAGUAACGGCAUUUGGCAAUGACGUUGGAGUGAUGUUGGGGUUGCCGCGGGUUAAUUUCAGGGAGUGGAGAGGGCUGUUUGUGGCUAGCAACCCCGUUUAAGAGAUCUCAUCUGCAGGAAUACAUCUAAACCUCUUACCCAAAUUAUCUGAGCAGAGAAGCCUAUUCAGCGUCUGCCAAGAGGCUGCCGUCUGUCAAAGAUUCUUUUCCUGAAGGACUGGUUACUUGAACUUUUAACAAAUGUCUCGAGAUCAAAAACCUACCCAUAAGAUGGCAUGUUCUUUUUGCUAUCCUCAUGGGCAGUGCCAAGUAAGUACGUAGGGCUUCUCUGGUAGAGGUCUCCUCGGCAGUACUGCCGGCAGGUUUGUGGUUUGGUGGUAGGAUUGGAAAGUCGACUGUUGCAUGCGGGAGGGAGGGGACAGUGAGGUAAACAGUCGGGUGUACGGUAUUGCUGACAAAGACAAGGGUGACUGGAAUGGCCAUUUCUGGCUUAUUGGCCAGUCAUACCGGUCAGCCGGUCAUACCCAACCCCGAGGUGUGAAACACCUGGGGCUGGAUGCAGCGACCUGUUAGUUGGAUGUCCAACGCCUCUAACCGCUGGGCCACGAGCCCGUUGCCCUGUCGGUCUCAAUCGGGAAUAUACAAUGGUAGGAGGCGCUCACCGAUCUUUCUUACGGAACUCACUCGUUCCGUUGUGCCUUACGGGCUCUUUGUCAAGCCCAACCAGCAGCCGCACAGCGGCGCAUGAUAUAGGCAGUAUGGUAUUACCGACAGAGAAAAGGGAGACUGGUAGCCAGUCAUACCCAACCCCGAAGUGUGGAACGCCCGAGGCUCGAACUCGCGAGCCCCGUACUCGGGAGUACGCCCUUAUAGCGCCUUCCUCUCAACAUCAAAUCUAGCGCGCCGGUAUCUAUCACGACGUGCCAAGAGUCUUGGCUUGGAAUGCUGCCAACUGAUUGGAUGGCUCAAUCCUCAGAGUCAGGGCGAUGGAGGGACUGUAGAGCCGAGAGUUAGGCUGCCUUUGCCAUUUCUUAGUGUAAUGAUCUCAGCAUCCUUGCCUAUUUGGGAUUCACGCCGCCCUUACAAUAGCCUCGCGUGGGAACAAGUCCAUGGGGCACGCGUAGACGGGUUGUUUAGUUCGAUUCAGAAGUGUGCGCGGCAAUAUGAACAUUGUUGGGAGUUGAUUCCACUGGUGCAUGUCUCGAUGGCAUUGUGGACGCUGGAGUGGUGUCAGGGGUUGCUGUUAAUGGAUAAAAGGUCUUCUUGAAGUUGAUUUCAGAGGAAGGAGGGUUGGUCACAAUUCAUGUCAAUCAUAAGUCGCACAACAAGCAUGUUACCAUAUCGACAAAGAAAUCAAAUGUCCACUUUGCUGUGAUUGUGACUAUGGAGUGGCGUCAGGGGUUACCUCGUACGCGAAUACGGGGGGGUUCUGAUUAAAACCCUCGUCUUCUGGAAAAUUUUGUUGUGCAAAUUGAAAUUCCCUGAUCAUGAAAUUUCAAUUGGCGAAUUCUACUUAGUUCCGCAAAUAUUCCCAUGUUACACUUAAAAAGUCAAGUUGGCAAACACGUGUUUUCGGUAAUUAUUCGUCAGCCCAAUACAGUUACAUGAAGGAAUGAAAAGGUACACAAUUAGCAGUUUUUAUAGGUGUCUCAAGGGCUAUUAAGUCAUUAACACUCAUCUUCCUCACGCCACCCGCAUGACAAGGUCGACGGGUUUUGGUCCUUAGAGCUGGGGGAGGGGGGUAAGCGAGUCUUUGAGUGAUAAACUUGGAUUGAGUACACCGAGUACCCAUCACUGUAAUUAGGGAUUUGAGGCGGCAUUUCGUCAUCACUUGGGGUUGGCGUUAGCCACGGCAGAGAGAGCGCUUGUGCCAGGGUUUUCUGACAGCAUAACACCGGAUUCGCUAGCCGUAUAGCCACUGCCUCGGCCGUUGCUAGUAUCCGUUGGCGUAGGCCCUUAGAGAGUCUUGUUGGUGUCCGGUAGACAAGCUGAAAUGCUUCCUUGGCAUCGACUCGGUGAUUUGUAUCGAUUAAAUGUGCGAGAAUAGAACUCGAAAUCGGCCGGGUCUCACCUCUGUCUACCCAGGAACCCUUAUUACCGGGCGUCUCAUUGUGCGCCUGAUUUAUCCCACUCCACAGGAGCAAGUGAAUGAGUAAAUGCAAAUUGAUGUGGCCUCCAACGGUAGUCUGUCUUUGCCUCUCAAACGAGGAGGGGAGAGCUUGUGAAGCAUACGCGUAAAUUCGCCACGGGGAAUGCCCUCGUGAUAGUCGUAGUUAAGCGCCGUCUGACUAGUCCGCUCGCUGUGUCUCCUGCAAAAAGGCAAUCUUAUGAAUACCUCUUUCCUUUCUGCAGUCGCAACAGUGGGCUUUGUGGUGCGUUCUACUUACUUCCUUUAACUGCUUCAAAACUGAAUGAUGCUUUGAACUUUUAUGGUCUUUUAAGUUGCCCGUAGUUUGUAAUGACCAAAUUCCGUAGUGGUUUUAUACAACCCAGUCACUUUUGACAAAAACCAAUACGCUUCUCCUUUCAGUACCUUCCACUUAAAUCAACUCCAGUACUAGACGCAUUUCGGUAUUCUGAACGGUAAAUGUCACGCUUUACAUCCGCCGCUUUCGGGUUUUUCUUGUAAAGUUAAUGCUAGUGCCUACUAUGUUUGAAAAGCCUACCUCCAGCUGUUUCUUGUCCAUAUUGACUUAAAAUGACUAGCACUUUCGCCACGGUUCCUGCGAAAAAUAUCUACUCGUGUUUUUCUGUUGUGCUCCCGACACUCAAAUAAAUACUCCAUUGGUAACAAUCGGGAGAUGGCACCAAAAAAAAUCCGUUACCUAGAAAUAAUACCUUUAACAGUGCACUCAAACGCCUUCAGGCUAUAUCAGCGGUUGCAGGCCUACUUUCACGCACUACUUGGACUUUCCCCGACGGCCUAACAUAGGCUGGCCGAACGAACAUCGCAGGAGGUUACAUGGACGAUGGUCGCUCUUACCCAACCUCCCCAUCGUUACACACGUACACCUGGAUAUACGGCAUACAUUCGCAUUAUGGCAGUUUAUUACAAAACAAAAUCACUUUUAAAUAGGAUAAGUCUGCACAACAUGGGACAGAAACAGUUCCCAGGCAUCUGUCAAAGAAAUGGCAUUGAGGCCAAACCAAAGACGAUACUGUAGUCCGUCUAUGUGAGCCUACACAGCUCGAUCACAUACAGGAUCUCCCUCAUGGAGUUUCCUUUUCGGUCUACUCCAGUAUGCUUCAAUGGCAUUGGUGUGCCGUCUGGUGGUAGGGUCCUUGAGGUUCUUUGAGUGGUUAACAGAGAAAUUUAGAUAACCUUCUGAGGGAAGACGAUUAUACGCCUUCCACUCGUCCGUUACCACUAUACUGCCUUUGGCGACCCAUUUUGUAAUAACGGAACGGAAAGCGGGCCAACUUCGAUGAUUCACCUGUUCGAAUAAGGCUUUCCGUCGGCUAGUAUCGUACAUCCCGACCAGCCAUCACCCAUAAAAUUCCUAUUACCACCCGUCCCGUAAGACAGGCUGCUUUGGUUAGGCGGAUUUUUUGGGUGACAUCUCCCGAUUGUUACCACUCUAUUUGUUAUUCUUUGAUUAUAUAGGUGGAAGAGGCUGCAACUGCAGAUGGAGACCAACCCCAUAUAAACCGCCGGUUUAGAGCGCAGACAGCCUCAAGUUCGAGAAGUAACCGAGGUUGCACCGGUGGUGGUAGUGAUCCUGACACUAUUGAUCACAGUGAUGUACCUGGUAGUGCAAAUGAUCGUCCUGACGGCGCAGACCCCUCCGAACUAUCCCUGACCUCACCGCCGGCCCGACCCAAAUCUUCACGACUGCUUAACCACCUCCGACGUCUCACUCUGCCAUUAGCCUUGGGUCAGAUUCUCUCUGCCCUGAUCGCCGUCACCGGAAUCGCGAGCAACUACCUUGUCCAAUUUGGCGUUAGUCUGCCUCUGACUCAGAAUUUACCCUCAUACUUCCUGCUGGCAACUGUCUAUGGCUUCUUCAGUUGGCGCCGUCUUCUCUCCUCUGAGAAGGAGCGUCCCUCAAGCACAGUCGUUUCGCGGGAAGCAGUCGAAGAUUCAAGCGGAGUUCAGCAGGAGGGGGAAGAAACAACAAGUGCCGCGGCAGGCGUGGCUCCAGGCACCUCUGGAGACGCCGAGUCUCUCCAAUUUUGCGAAGUUGACAGCUCUGCUGACGUAGACGUAGACGUUCCUGCCAUACCCAGUCUCAAAACCAGGCUCUGGGGGUUUGUUCGUCAUCGUGGCUGGCAGUACUUCCUCGCUGGUACUAUUGAUGUUCAUGCCAACUGGGCCAUUGUUAGUGCUUAUAAUUACACUAACCUAACCAGUGUCCAACUCCUUGAUUGCCUCACUAUACCCACAGCGAUGCUUCUGAGUCGCUUCUGCCUGAAAACCCGUUACAAACUGAUCCACGUGGCUGGAGUGGUGAUAUGUCUCCUGGGUGCCGGUGGAAUGGUCGGCGCUGACUACCUGGCCGCUGCCGCGACUACUGGUGACACGCAUUCCGACAACGGAACUGCCACCACCACCACCACUACCCAAGCUUCUCCCCACCCAAACCUUAGCGCAGUAGGCGCAGUUCUGCUGGGGGACUUUCUUGUCAUCUUGGGAGCCAUUGGCUAUGGCAUUUCUAACGUCUACCAGGAAUACUUGGUCCGCCGUUUCGGCAUUGUAGACUACCUGGGUUUCGCCUCCCUGGCUGCAACUCUGUGGACCGUGGUGCAUUGUCUGGCCUGGGAGAUGCCCCUUAUGCGGCAGCUAGCGCAGAGACCGGACCAGUCCAACCUGGGAGUCACUCUCGCUUGUCUGGCCGGCUAUGCGGCUGCCAUGUUCAUCCUCUACACUGUGAUGCCGUUUGCCCUGUCGCGUACCAGCGCUGUCCUCGUCAACCUCUCCCUCCUCACGGCCGAUCUCUAUGCCCUGUUGAUUGGAAUCUUCCUUUUUGGCAAUAUCUUUCAUCCCCUCUAUCUUGGAGCCUUCUUCGCCAUUGUUUUGGGCUUGUGUCUGUUUGCCUCGCGGGAUCCCAUCUUUAAGGAGGCUGCGAACGCGAAAAGUGAUGCCAGCGUUUAG